UGAUGAUCGUCAUCUAGAACUGGAACUUGCGUAUCAUUAGUGAGUAUACGUCCUAACAAUGUCUAUAGCACUAAAUAUGGAGGGCCCUUCACAUAGCUCUUCACUUAGCCGUAGUUCUGAUUCGUGGCUGCACUUCUUGAUGACCGAAAGUCCGGAACAAGACGGAACUCCCGACCAACAGACAGUUAUUCCAAGGGUCCCACCAGAGUUUCGUGAAAUGAAUGAGAACAUGGGUUGCUAUGAGCCAAAGGUGGUCUCCAUCGGUCCCUAUCACCAUGGGAAAAAAGAGCUCGAGAAAAUGGAAAGCCUCAAGACUAAAAUGGCCCGCCAGUUUGUCAAAGAUAGUAGCAUGGCAGCUGAAGAAAUGGACAACAAGGUCAAAGAUUUGGCCAGCCAUGCUAGGGAAUGCUAUGCAGAGGAGUCAACCGGUCAGUUCAACGAUGAGAAAUUCACCCUGAUGAUGUUUCUUGAUAGCUACUUCAUUCACCAGUUUCUCACCAACAAGCUUAAGAAUCAGAAGCUGAGGAAUGAAGAAGUUACUUUCGUUGCAAGGGACUUGUUAUUACUAGAGAACCAGCUCCCUUUCGACGUUCUUAUGUCAUUGAUGAGGUUUUAUCAAAGGAAAGGGGAUAACAUUGCUGGGGAGGAUAAGUCUUCGUCCCGACAAAAGCUGAGUUCGGAAAGUGAAGAUCAAGAUUUGAUGAAAAUCUUUGAACGUUUCUUCGAAGACAUUCUUGCAAUACCUCCUCAAAGAGAGUCGUGUUGGGAAAAGAUAUCCAAUUCUUUUUCAGAAUUGCCAAGAAAAUUAAGAUCAAUUACUUCGAAAUCCCCAGGAUCCAUGAGUAUGUUCUUUGAUUUCGAUCAUCUUCUCGAUUUUUUUUAUUGGAAGUUCGUAUACGGCGAAGGAGAACGUGAACGAGGGAGAAGAAGGUACCGGGAGAUCAAAAGCUGGAACCGGUAUUAUUCUGUCAACGAGCUUAAGAACGUUGGAAUUUCUUUUAUGCCAAGCAACACCCGUGUUUUCACUGAUGUCAAGUUCAAAAAUACAUUGCUCGGUGGAGCACUCCUCAUUCCUCCACUAAGCAUAGAAGAAGAAACCAAGCCCUUACUUUUGAACUUGGCAGCCUUUGAAACAUGCGGUGGUUGGUAUUCUAAAAAGUGCACUUCAUAUGUAUGCUUUAUGCGUUCACUGAUUGAUAAACCUGAAGAUGUGAAGGAGCUGCGGUCAAAGGGAAUACUCCGCACCACUAUAGGAAGUGACGAUCAGAUAGCACAAAUCUUCAAAGAGAUAACAACCAAUCUGGCGCCCAACCCUUCUGCUUACAAUGCGGUCAAAAGUUCUGUUGAAUCGCAUUAUAGAAGCAGUGUCAAGAGAUGGAUCCUUGAAAAUAAGGGUCCUUUUUCUAGAGCAGUGGUCAAGUACUCUUUUAUUUAUGGCAUUGCAGUAAGUGCCAUACAAGCUUACUUAGCAGAACAAAAGAGAAACCAGGUUUAGGCAACUGAAGCUGCUCAAAAGCCACCCUAGCUAUAAUACCCUUAAAACUUGAUCAUACACAUAAGAACUGUUUUUUUCCUUCAUCUUUUUGUUUUCACCAUUAACAGUGUGGAUUGGUUUGCCAUAUAUAUGUACUGUUGUACUGUUUGGAUUGUCAUUUCUUUCAA